AUCAGUCGUAGUUGGGCCUCUGACCUUGACCCAGCCCAUGAGGUCCAUGAUAACGGAUUAUUUUCACGAUAGGUUGAAAGAAAGUAUUACCCGCCAUCUGGCAGGAAAAUCUGCUUCUCCUGUGGCGAGACCUGUAAAAUAAACCCCAUCAAUGUCCUCCCUCUCCAUCUCUGCUCUGCAAUCCAUUGAUUCCGUUUCUUCUCCUCCAUCUACUUCAAUCCUCUCCGGUUUCCUUAUACGCAUACCUAAAUCCCGCAUUGAUGCCUUCGCCUCCACGACUUCUACGACCACCGCCGGGGCCGGAGCCCACCUGGUCCACUCCGGCGCGACCAGGAAAGAUGUAUGGACCAGAAACCCAACGAGAAGACAAAUCAAGGACCCGAUUUUCUUGGACCGCACCAUAGACAUGAGCGAGCUCCUUUCUUCCAUCAGGCAAACCCGAAACGAGCAGGAACUGUACUGCUUGUUGUCCCCGUACAACGACAGGCAACUUUCGAUUCGUUUCAUGGUCUCGCUCCUCUCGCGGGAACCGGAUUGGCAGAGGUCGCUCGCGUUACUGGAUUGGAUCAACGAGGUGGCUCGGUACUCGCCGUCCGUGUUUGCGUACAACGUGGUCUUGAGGAACGUGUUGAGGGCGAAAAGAUGGGAGCUUGCACACGGGCUGUUCGACGAAAUGCGCCAGAGAGGUUUGGCGGCAGAUAGGUAUACUUACUCUACCCUCAUUACCGAGUUUGGGAAGUCGGGGAAGUUUGAUUCAUCCCUGUUCUGGCUUCAACAGAUGGAGCAAGACGGGGUGUCGGGUGAUCUUGUGUUGUAUAGUAACUUGAUUGAGCUUGCUAGGAAGCUGUGUGAUUACUCCAAGGCCAUCUCCAUCUUUAUGAGGUUGAAAAGGAAUGGGAUUACCCCUGAUUUGGUUGCGUAUAACUCGAUGAUCAAUGUGUUUGGGAAGGCAAAGCUUUUUAGGGAAGCGAGGAUGUUGUUGAAGGAAAUGAGGGAUGUGGAGGUCAUUCCUGAUACCGUUAGUUACUCUACUCUGUUGACUGUUUAUGUCGAAAAUGACAAGUUUCUUGAGGCCUUGUCAGUAUUUGCUGAGAUGAAUGAGGUGAAGUGCCCACUUGAUCUCACGACGUGUAAUAUCAUGAUCGAUGUUUAUGGACAGCUCGAUAUGGCUAAAGAAGCGGAUCGGUUGUUUUGGAGCAUGAGGAAGAUGGGAAUCCAACCUACUGUAGUAAGUUACAACACGCUUUUGAGGGUUUAUGGAGAAGCCGAGCUUUUCGGGGAGGCUAUCCAUCUAUUUAGAUUGAUGCAGAGAAAAGACAUUGAGCAAAACGUUGUCACUUAUAACACGAUGAUCAAUAUCUAUGGCAAAACGCUCGAGCAUGAGAAGGCUACAAAUCUCAUUCAGGAAAUGCAGAAGAAAGGUAUUGAGCCCAACCCCAUCACCUACUCGACAAUCAUUUCCAUCUGGGAAAAGGCAGGAAAAUUAGACAGGGCGGCAAUGUUAUUUCAGAAGCUAAGGAGUUCGGGGGCUGAGAUUGAUGUUGUACUCUAUCAAACAAUGAUCGUGGCUUAUGAGAAGGCAGGGUUGGUUGCUCACUCCAAACGUCUCCUCCAUGAACUGAAGAGACCCGAUAAUAUCCCUAGGGACACCGCGAUCAAAAUUCUCGCUAGAGCUGGUAGAAUAGAAGAGGCAACAUGGGUCUUCAGGCAGGCUUUUGAUGCAGGGGAGGUUAAGGACAUUUCUGUCUUCGGAUGCUUGAUUAAUCUCUUCUCCAGGAACAAGAAACACGUGAAUGUGAUCGAGGUGUUUGAGAAGAUGAGAGGAGCUGGAUACUUCCCCGACUCUGAUGUGAUUGCUCUAGUCCUGAAUGCAUAUGGGAAGCUCAGGGAAUUCGAUAUAGCAGAUGCUGUUUAUGCGGAAAUGCAAGAAGAAGGGUGUGUGUUCCCAGAUGAAGUCCACUUCCAGAUGUUGAGUCUCUACGGUGCAAGGAGGGAUUUUGUUGCAGUGGAAUCCCUAUUCGAGAAGCUGGACUCCGAUCCUAACGUCAACAAGAAGGAACUGCAUCUUGUUGUUGCCGGCAUAUUUGAAAGGGCAAACAGACUGAAUGAUGCAUCGAGGAUCAUGAACCGAAUGAGGGCGGUUGCAAUGUCGGGAACUUAUGACCACAUGAAUUGAAAUGGGGGUCCUCUGAUGUCGUGCUGAAUCUUAUACAUUUCUAUAUGUUGCGACUUGUGAGUAAUGCUAUUGUAAAUCCUUCUUCUGUCCCUGUGUUUUAGAAUGUGAAGUAGUGGAAGUUGCUCAAAUUCUUCUGUUCAGCUAUGUCAUAAAGGAGGGCAAACUUGGUGUGGAGCCUUCAAGCGGCAGGACUUGUGGAAAACGAGAGAAAAACUGUGAAGGUAAUGAAUCUCUCUCUCUCUCUCUCUCUCUCCAUUGCCGAUACCUUGCUUGUGCUAUGAUUAGGUUAUAAGCAAAUGGUGUGGGGAAGGGAUGAGUUAGGUACGGAUGGUUGGUUGAUGGGGUUAAGUGUAUAGAUGUCCCUUUGUUUGCGAACCUUUUUGCGAUCAAUUAUGGCGAUGUGAUCUUGAAGGGCAGCUUAAGAGUCGUCGUUUCUGAGAAAAAUGAGGCAAGACUUUCACGUCGUGUUACAUGAAAUGUUACAGUUAAGAGUAGAAGAAAGAAGUUCCGUUGACAUGAGCGUCUGUCCGGCUGUCGAGGUCGGGAAUUAGUCAUUGGAGAAUAUAACUCGUAGUAGUCAUGGCCAUGAUGUAAGGCCGUAUAGCACGUCAAGGUACCCAAUUUUCAUCUCUUCUUUCGGUCGUGUUAAAUGGGAUCAGAAUGUUCAUUGGCCAUUGGUGGACUACUUCACUAUGACACCCACCAGAGACGUAUGUCGAAUUCUGGAAAGACCUGAAACUUAUGAAGUCUGGCCUGAAUUGAGACUUCAGAAAAGUUAGGUCUCGAAAUACGUUAAUGGUUUAACGCGAUUAGUAUAUCGGUGAUGAACUUAUAUGAUGAAAGUGUCGAAUGCAUACGCAGUUUCUUUAUCAUCAAAUUCAAUUGGAGACAUUGUUCUACUCAGCUUAAUUAAAGAAAUGACAGUAAUUUUUGUUGUAUAGCCGGCUAAACAGUGGUUUUCGCAAGAUUCUUCUUCUUCCAAAACGAUAGAUUCUCAAGUUGUUAUAGCUCCCAGCGUACCCUUAGCAAGUCACUGUUUCCAAAAACUGAUAUGUCUGCUAGUUCUCUCUCUAAUCCUUUCUUUCCAUUGAUUGUUUUCGGGCUCAACAAUGGGUCAAGGAGAAUUUAAACUCAUACUUUACUUUGUUUGAUUGACAAUAACUAUACAAAUACCACACACACAAGUGUCAAUUAAAGACUGUUUGACAUGAUGAAUUUCAUUUUCAGGGGCUUAACCUAUUGUUACAACGUGAAGAUACAUUCGAUGUUAGUUUUGGGCCUUUGGAAUCAAAAUUACUUAUCCAUAAAACAUGAAUGUAGCAUUCAAUUAUUUUGUUAAUUUGUUGCCUAACAUCAGUUUCAAUGCUUCUCUCAAUGCAAUUAAUUAUGUUUAGAAUGUGGACCUCUAGAUUGAUAUGCAUAUUCAACAUCGAUAGUAACAUAAAUUCACUGAAUAUUCACAUUAUUAAAACUCCAAUUUUCAAGUUCUAUCAAGUCAUUUUAUGGUUGGCGAGAUGUAAGAACAUGAAUCAAUGCGGAUUAAGAGAAAGAGAAAACUGCAAUGGUAUUCAGUGUUCACUAACUUCAUUGACUUGGUAACUUUACAUCCCCCAACACCCAUCCUCCCUAGGCCCUAGCCAUAAAACCAGAAAUUACUGUCUGCAAUAAAAUAACAAAGAGGUCAAAUCCAU